AUGCGCGAAGUCAACUUCAGCAUCCCCAACGCCAACAAGGCCUCGGUUGGCAUCACCACCGCCCUCUACGACCGCCGCGCCCUCGACUGCACAUCAACCCUCCCGCUCAUCAACUCGCUGAACCACCUCGCCUACCUCACCACAUCCUCGGCACGCAUACGCGACAUUCUCACCGUCGAUGGCGGCAUCGAACGCCUGAUAUGCAUCCUCAAAGAGGGCCGGAGCAAGGACAUGAUGGACAUGUGGAAGUGGAACCUGGCCUUCCAGUGCAUCUUCAACAUCGGCGUGCGUGGCUCUGAGAAUGUCAGGACGCGUGUCGUCGAAGCCGACAUGGUGCCUGUCAUCGCAUCCAUUCUCGACAACUACAUCAAGGUCGUCGACAAGAUGAGGGCACGAGCCGAAGCCGAAAUCCACAAGUCUGCACGUCUCGGUGCAUCGAGCCGACACCACUCGUCGCGGACUGGCGAGGUUGCGUCAAGCUCCGGACACCGAGCUGAUCGAACACGACGCAUCAUACCCCCUCCGAUUGAGAUACCCCAGCCAGCCGAAUCUCUGGGCGACGCGAACCCCAUUCCUGCAUUCUCACUGAGCUCUCCUCCCGAGCGGACGACAUUUACACGUGGUCGACCUGCCCACCACCACCACCAUCGCAGCCACGAAGGGCGGCCACAGCUCUUUGGCGCUCCCGGCAACAACACGCGUAAUCUAGGUCAGCCAUUGGUCACCGCAUUACCUUCCAUGGAACCAGCUCCCGAUGCUUUUGCGCUACGGCCGGUGCGAGAUGCUGAUCGACUGCCUUCCAUGCUCCCCGCCCUGCAAGGGGAGAUCACUUCCCAACCAGAGUCACCGACAACCCCGAGCGCCCCACAGGCACGCCAGACAAGCCCAAGAGCGGGGCUGGCCCGAACACGUCGCCGCCCAUCCAUCCGACACCAAUUGUCUGUAUCAGGAGAGUCGGACUUGGAGGCACAACAAGAUGACAUGUCCGCAGAGGCUGCCACAGCGGCUGGUCCGUCUGUAAACGAGCCAAUCGUCGGCAUACAGAAUAAUGAAAUCAACAUGGCUGACAUUGUCGAUAAUGCAGAGAUGCUGGAUGCUGGCAACACACCGGUUCCUAUCGCUGCCCCUUCAGAAGGCACAGAUGAGAACAACGAGACGUUCAACAUUACCCACCGUCCUGCUCUCGAUGGAAGUCUAAUCAACCCCACCAACACACCGCCCAACAACCCAAUCACUGGCUUCUCUCCUAUGCAACCGACUAUCAACGUCGUAAACACCAACCCGCCGCCUCCUUGGCUACCACGGUACCAGCAAGAACGUAAUGCAUCAGCUAGUGUGCUCGCAGCCAUGCCUCGUGACGAAGACGUCCUCAUGUCCCUCCAGCUUCUCGCCUACGUGUCAAAAUACUGCAACCUCCGGACUUACUUCCAGAAAUCCCAUCUCGUACCCAAACUAAAGAUUGCCGAUGAGCUCCUCGACGGCGAAGUCAAGACACCAAAGGCGUCCGCAGAAGGAGGAGAAGGAGAAGAAGAAGAGGAAGAAGAACUCGAAGAAUACGAACUCCCAGAUGACUUCAACAUCUUCCCCCUCGUUGAGCAAUUCACCGUCCGACACCACACAUCCGACAUGCAGUACUGGGCAAGCGUUGUUAUGCGCAACCUGUGUCGGAAAGACGACUCGAGGGGCGGUAUCAGGCAGUGUGCAUACUACCAGUGCGGCCGAUGGGAAGAAUACACCCAAUGCCAGAAGAGUGCUUGGGUUUUUCAUCGGCACUGGUGUGUUGCUGCGAGUUGA